CAGCCAUCAUCGUCGCACGGUUACGGCCUGCUGCUCUUGGAUCCUUCUGCUUUAAAGUAGCAUUCUCAUUGCUAUAUCCUACGCCUCCACGGGUCCACAGCCCAGCUAGCAGACCGGGACUGCACAAAUGUCGUCCGGUGACGCUAGCCUACCCACGGACGGGGCCGAAACGGACGGGGCCGGGACGGUCGACUCGACCUCGGGCGAUGCGACACUACCCCCGCCGACGUCUGGCCAGGAUACUGGGCAGGACUGCCCACCGGCAGGGGCCGGCACGUCUGACACCCCAGUUGAACACGGCCCGAAGCUUGCAACAGAUGUCGGCGGCUUCGCCGAUGAGAUCCAGGCGCUGAAGACGAAGCUCCUGGAGCUCGAACGACAAGCCCAGAACAAUCCCGCACCCACGGAUGGGAAAGGACAGCGACCUCAGGGCAUGGACGAUCUUGAGGAAUAUAGACGCAUGGAAGCCUGUCUCAAGAAUCAUCGAAAGGAGUGGGAGCGUCUCCUCCAGCUCUCUCGCGAGGUUGCAGACGGCCAGGAGCAUGGCUACGCUGGCACGGAUGAUGGGUUUGAUGACAUCAUUGACUACGGUAGCCGUCGGGAUAGGCUCCGUAAGAAUUUUGAGUGGGAGAUGGAUCGCCUCUACAUGGAAGAAGAAUGGGACAGCCGCAGGAAGGAACAGAAGGAAGCGGCCAAAGAGCGGGACCGUUUCGAGGCAGAGGCAAAGGAGGGAGAAAAGCCACUCGAGGGAAAAGAACGGCCUGACGAAGGCAUGCAGACCGACGCUGUGGAGCCGCCUCCCGUCCCCGAAGUUGUCCAGCCCCAGCUCAAAAGGCUAGACUGGGUUGACUUCAAAUCGCUUGCCAAUGCGGACGAAGACCUGGCAUAUCCUAUAUCAAUUCUCAUGGGCGAGCCCGAAGUUGGCGAGGAGCUUCGUGGUAGUCGGCGCGUGUACGGUUUCUCGGGCCAGGUCCGCAAACGGGAUAUCGCCCCGGAUUCCAAGCCCUCCUCAUCCAUGCUGCCUGGGCGGAUGCAGCUUCCUGAAAGAGCCCGGAUUCACUCUAAAGCCCUUCUUCACAUCCUCGGCAUCAUCUCUGGGUGGGCAACUCGCUCACAUCCUGUCGUCCUCAUCAGGCCAUUCAAGGCGCUGGCUUAUCACGAGCGGGCGCUGCGAAACUGGUGCACCGCCCUGGAGAAGAAGUUCGAAACAGCGCCAGAGACGAGUACCGACGUCCCAGCAGCAGUGGAGAGCACAGCAAAUGAUCCGCCCAAAGACGACGUUGCCCCUGAGGCACUGGAGAAGGGGUCGGGCCAAGUCUCAGCAGACGUUACUGGUAGUUCCGAGAAUCCGGCUUCGGCGAGAGGAGAGUCACUCAAGGAGAAAGAUGAAACAGGUCAUGACUCGGACACGGACACGGACUCGGACAUGGGCUCGGGCUUGGACCCAGAGUUAGACAAAGUGGCCAAGUCACCGAUGGCUCUGGAGCACCUGAAGUGUCUCCUAAGCUUCGUGGACUCGGACAUAUCGGUAAAGAAGGCAUACCUCAAGAGCCCCGACUGUCGCAAAGUGUUCUUCUCGGACCUCUGGCACCUUUUUAGGCCCGGGAUGGAGGUAACGGGUAGCGACGGAAGACAGGCCUACAGGGUCAUCGACGUCACUAGCGCCAAGCACCGCGUGGCCCCCCGCUGGGAGAGGUGGUACAGCGACUUGGGGGAGAGCAAGAAGACGCCCCCCUUCAGAAUUACCUACGUUUACAUCGACUUUGACGGUAAAAGCUUGGGACCCGUCCCCAAAGUCUUCAACUUUAGGAAGUUCGAGGGUGAGGUCGACAUCACAUCCUUGGAGGUGUACCCGCUCCGAUUCCACCCAGCCAAGAGGGCCGACUUUACCGAUUCUGAGUGGGAGAAGCUCGAGGCCCUUCCAGCCAGCGAGAGACAUCGACAGAGGCUCGUACGCCGGGGCGCCAAGUUCCUCCGGGUUGCCGGCGUCAAGCACAUGUACUACGCCGGGCCAACGCUGGAGGCGCGUGACGAGGUGGAGAGCCCUGUGGUGAUUGAUUUCGAAACUGCCUUUUCUGUUGACGACCCGGCCCUACUUUUAACCAAACCCGAGUUAAAAACAAUGGUUGGGAACCCCGAGGCCAAAGACAGCGACAAGGAUGCAGCAGGCGAAUCUUGCAUGGCUGAAUGUUGCCGGAGAGAAGUCGUGUCCGACGACUCCGAUGUGGACAAGAAGCAAAGAGAGGACUAUGUCAAUAGCCUCCUGCCCGAUGCGGGAGCCGUGGACGAACAGCCAUCGAUCGCCAUCAUCCCGCGGCCUUUGAAAGAGCUGCGCACCGGCAGAGAUAGCUAUCUCGUCUCCGAUGAUGAGCUCGUCAUCAUGUCACACCGCGUCUUUGGCUUCGUCCUGCGGAGUCGCAAAUGGGCCAAGCUCGAUCUCUCGCACCUGACCGAUAUCCAUCUCCCGACGGCCGAAGAAGGCAAGGACCAGCAGGGCGAGGCCGGGGACAAAAAGAGCAGCACGGCUUUCGACCGCCUCGUCCUUGAGGAAUGGCACCGUCCCAUGAUAUUGUCGCUCAUUGCCCAACAUUUCCGAGACAAGUCGACGGUAGGCCAGAGGGAAGAGUUUGACAUUGUCAAGGGAAAAGGAAAGGGCCUGAUCCUGCUGCUCCACGGUGCCCCUGGAGUAGGCAAGACGUCCACGGCUGAAGGAGUAGCCGAAAUGUUCAAGAAGCCGCUCUUUCAAAUCACAUGUGGUGAUCUCGGUACCACCGCAAAUGAGGUUGAGAGGGCGCUAGAGACCAACUUUGCGCUGGCCAACAGGUGGGAUUGUAUCCUGCUCCUCGACGAGGCUGAUGUCUUCCUAGCUGAGAGGGGGAGAACGGACUUCCAAAGGAACGGACUCGUGUCAGUCUUCCUGCGCGUUAUGGAGUACUACGCGGGCAUCCUAUUCCUAACGACCAACCGCGUCGGCGACUUUGACGAAGCCUUCGCGUCACGCAUCCACCUCAGCCUCUAUUACCCCGAGCUGGACAGCGACAAAACGGUCAAAGUGUUUGAGCUCAACCUGCACAUGAUCCGGGAGCGCUUCGCCAAAAAGGGGCGAAACAUCGAUAUUGAGGAGAGGGCCAUCGGCGCCUUCGCCGCCAAGCACUUCGCCAAGCACGAGCAGGCGCGCUGGAACGGCCGGCAGAUCCGCAACGCCUGUCAGACGGCCUUGGCGCUAGCCGAGUUCGAGGCCCAGGGCAACAGCCACGAGGCCAUCCUGCGGCCCGACGCCCGCGUCAAGCUGGGCGUCGGGCAGUUCAAAGUUGUGCGCGACGCCUACCUCAAGUUCUCCCAGUACAUGAACGACCUGUACGGGACUAACCCGGCCCGCCGCGCCAAGGAGGCCAGGCUGCGCGCCAUCUGGGUCGACGAGGACAACAACAUCGUGGCCGACCCUGGCGGCAGAGCCAUGGACAAAAGAAGCUUCGCCGCCGCGUCCAGGCUCCAGCCUCAGGCCCCGCCGCAGCAUUUCCAACAGCAGCAGCCGUCCCGCAUGCAGGGGCAGCACUAUGGCUACCAGAGCGUCGCGGCAUCGCAUGCGGGCUACGCCAACACGGGCCACAUAGCGACAGCACAGGCCGGCCAGCCCUGGGAAAACCAGGGCGCGAGGGCUGCUAGUCCUAACUUCAACGUCAAUGUUAACCCCAACCCCCAAUACCAAGGGUCCUGGGAGGGACAGAACGACCCGAUGGCUCCGCGGCAGCAGCAGCCGCGGGGAGGGCAGCUUUACGACCAGAACCAGCACCAACACCAGCAGCAGCAAGCCUAUUCGGCAGUGCUAGAGCGGGGCAUCCAGGGCAUGUACGCGCCGUCGGGCCCACAGGCCGCUGGGCAGCUGCCAUCAAACAACCCCCCGCCGGGUAGUGGAAGCGCCUAUUCCCCGGGGCCCGGUCCUGGGCAACAGUGAGCAAGGGCUCCGAGCCCGGGGCAGUGACGACGAGACCGGCAUGUGCACGAUUUAUUGCUGGUGCCGUGUUUUGUGAUGUUCCUUUCUCCCUCCUCGUCUCGCGCCAAGUGGAUGGCGAUUGAUCGUCCAUCAGUAAGUCCAUAUUGCUUCCACAGCGAAAAGAAAAUAUCCACUAUUGCAAAAGCCAUGUUUAUUACGUAGCGCAUCAUCAAUGACAGGAAAUAGUAACCAUUUUCCCG